AUGUCUAAAACACCUUCUCAAACUGCCCGAAAGACUGGAAAGGGAGGAAAAAAGAAUGAGAAAGUUGAAGUUACUUUAUUGUCGGAUCUAAUUUAUAAUAGUAAUGAGAACAUUGAAAAGAUGUUUCCGGAGUGGGAUGAAGAGGUUUUAAAAGCAUUGAUGGAAAGAGAUAAACAAUUAUAUAGCGAGGAGGGAACUAAUGUCAACAAACGACCUUCCACUAAUAAUGCAAACAAAAAGAAAGAUUCUUCUUUGGACGAAAUCUUAAAAAAUGUGCACGCGAUUGACUCAAACAAAAUUGCAUUUGACAAUGUCACUUGCUCAGAUUUUACCAAAAAUUUAAAGGAAUGGAAGCCCUUGAGAUCAAAAUGGGAACCAAGAAUGUCACGUGAUCUAUUUCCAGCACAUCCAUAUUUCGGAAGAUUUUACAAAACAAAAGAAGAUGCUCAAAAACAAGCUGUAGACGCACCAGACAAAAAGAAACAACCUCAAAAAAAAGCAACUGAAGAGCCUGAACCGCCAUCGUUUGUCCCAAUUGUUUUAGAGUCGUCGGAUGAGGAGGAAUUAAUUGUUGAAGAUUUUGAAAAAUAUUCUCAAGUACUAGAUAUCUCAAACAAAGGACAAUGGACUAAGGCAUUUGUGUCUGCUCUUUAUCAUAUUGAGGAAUGCAAAGAAUACAUUCCGUUCGGAUCGUAUUUGUGGGAAAAGAAUUUGGCCCAAAAAAGAAAACAGUCAGCUACCAACAACCGAAUUGUGAUUGUCGAUGACAAAUUACCUCAUGAUGCUAGUGGAAAGAACCUAUUUCCAAUUUCUCCCUAUGACGAAUUUUGGCCUUCCAUUCUCUUUAAAGGAAUAAUUGCGAUAUCUAUCGGAAACGAACACCUUGCCUUCUCAAAUCCAUUGUGGUGUUUUUCUGCGCUGUUUUCAAAUUUUGGCUCUCAAUCUCUCUCCUGUGCCAACUGUCUCGACAUCAUUUCACCAAUAACAUGCUCUCUACAAUCAAACAAUGAAUGGAAGAAUUCUUUUGAUUUAGUUAGGUUUUUAUGCAACAACCCUCAAACAGGAGACAACACCAAGAAAAAGAUAUUACUCCUGACUUGUAGAAAAGACAUUGAUGUUGAAACAUCUGGUUUAAGGAAAGACAAUCUUUACCGAGUGGAGGAUGUUAAGGUGUGCAAGGGAGAAACUAUUCUAAAGGUCGUCUCGAACGAUGUAGCUUGGAAUGGAAAAUAUUCAUACAAAAAUUCGUCUGUUUGGAGUGCCGAUUUUGAAGAGGAAUUAGGAUUUUGCUAUCAGGAUAGAAGAAUUCAAAAAAGGAUGAAAGAUUUUUGGGUAGAAGUAACAGAUCUUCAAAAUUAUUUCGAAGGUAUACACAUCCUUCAUGAAAUUUCAAGUUACUCUGUUAGAGCUGCUCUUGGUAGUCAUGCAACUCAAAUAAGUCCCAUUGUAUUUUAUAUUACUGAGACAACCAAACUAUUUAUUCGAAUUCUAGGUGAAAAACAAGCCAAUCCAAGGGUGGUUGUUAAAAAGGCUAGCAAUUGGAAAAAAUUGACGCCUAGUAAGGUAAUUCAUGAUUUCUCGAUAUUUAGCUACGACUGUUUAAUUCCAUUAACUCUUCCAUGCAAAGACGAUUUUGAUAUUUUUGAGAUUAGGUUUUCUAAUGUGGAGAAUCAAUAUAUAGAAUUUCUGAGUGAAAAAAAACUGGUAUUUGGAAAACAAGAGGAUAUUUACUCUUCAAAACUAAGCCAAUCUAUCCAAAGAACAGACACUUUAACCUCUCCUCCUCAUGAAAUGGAGGAAUGGAAAAUCUGGAGUGUUCAACAAUUUAACAUUGAGAAAGAGGGAGUUUUCAGUGCAAGAUUGCUAGUUGAUGAUAUUUCAAUUCUUCCAUUCACUCAUCUCGUUCUUAUUAAUAAUGAAAACUUGUCUGUUGUGAAGUCUAUCAAUGGAAGAAUUUUCCCAGUGAAAUUACUUCCUUGUACACAUCAAUAUUCACUGGUGUGCUACGCAUGUCCAAACAAAAGCCUAGAGAGCACGAACUACGCUCUAGAGACAAUUUCUGAGAAUGAUGUUUUUGAUUUGGAAGCAGCAAAAACUCUUACAUGCUAUCCAGUUUCAAUCAAAGGAAGAUAUUACACCAAUCCUGAGAGGGAGCUAUUUCGGUUUAGGUUAGACGUAGGAGAAAAGGCAAAUAUUUGUUUUAGAUUGAAAUUGAGUGAAGCCACUCCAGUUAAGGUGGUCGUGAAUAAGGUUGAGAAUUUUGAGAGUAGUGUGACCAUAUUGGAAUUUGAAAAUUUUGAAUCAGAAUGCGUGAUUACAGUGCCAAACUUGGUUGUUUAUCCAAGCUCUAAAAAUCAAAAUAUUAGUUACAACAUUGUUUGUACGAUAGAUGAAAAGAAAGCUUUGGAGAUUUUAUCAAAUAGAAUUAGCGUGGCCGAGUCUGAAUUCCUCCAAUAUCUCAAAGAAAAGAGCGAAACCACCACUCUUCAAGAAUUGAACGCUGAAGAAUCGAAAGCUACUGAUCUAAAGUCGCCAAAGAAAAGUGCCAAAAAGCCUGCAUCUGCUGUUAAGAAACCAACGACGAAUCAAAAAGCGAAAAAAGAACAAGCCAGAAUUCCUUCAAAACAGGACAAACCUCAAGUGCUUACUAGUCAGUAUAUUGAGGGUACAGAGAACAGUUCAAUGCCUAGCUUAAUUUAUUCCCUAGACAUUUUCUCAACUACGCCCAAUAUUAUUUAUGAAGAGGUGAAUGUAAAGAAACAAAUCAUUGACCAACUUGUUGAAGAAUGGGAAUCAAACUCGCCUCAAAAUGUCGAGAACGGCUUAGUAGCAAGAGAGAAAUUUAUCAAAGAACGCCUCAAACAACUGCUUUCCACUAACGAAAACUCACCCAGAGCUGAAUUACAAUCCCAAACUACGAAUGAAACGGAAACAGAACGAAAAGACAGACUUGCUCGAGAAAAAGAACAAAAUGCUCAAAAGAUAAAACAGCUGAGAGAGUUCAGGGACAACGAAAUGAAACAGCUAGAUCUUGUUGUGAAUGAUAAUGUGGAAAGAUCUCUUCAAACUUGUUCGUCAAUAAUGAAAGAGAAAUUCAUUGAAACUCAAAAACAAGUUCUAUCUAUGAAGGAACAAAAGCUUGAAGAAGAAAAAAGAAUUGAGCUAGAAAGGCUGAAUGAAGAAAAAAGUGCAAAAAAGGGAGCAACCAGUGGUGCCAAUACAGCUCGAAAAUCUACAAAAUAA